UCUUGUUAAAAAUAAGAAAAAUAAACUGAAACGAAAACAAAGAAAAAAUUAUUUAAAAUAAUUGGAACAAAUUCGAUUUGUAAGAUAAACCGAGCAUUUCAAAUGCUUUUUAAUUAUGAUUUCCGAUCGUUCAAAUAAACCGCCACUUAACUUAUUGUUGAUUUUUUGCUUUUUAUACUUAUUUUCAACAGAAGCGCACAAUGUUGGCAUUAAAACAAAGCCAUAUCCUCGGCCAGAAGCAGUCCUUUUACAAGAACGCAAACAAGGACAACAACAACCAGAACCUUCACACUAUCAACAACAAAAUCAUGCAACCACUAUGGUUAAUACAUUAACAAGACAACAAGAUGCUACGCAAAGUGAUGCGUAUUUGGAACAAGGCAUUCAUGAUGAAAAACCUAUCUAUGAUAGAAGGCAUUCCCAACUAACACCUACAGGCAAUUGGGAUGUUACUGAAAAUACUAUAACGGAGUAUUAUACCGGUUGCCCUCCUGGUCAUAUGGGACCUUUGCCGUACGCCUAUGAUUGCCGACGCUUUUUGAACUGUUGGCAUGGUAAGGCUCAUUUGCAGACUUGCUCGGUAGGUACGGUUUUCAAUCCAGAAACACUGGAAUGCGAUAGACCAGAUAAAGUGAAAUGCGAUGCGGCGUUUGGCAUGCUGGAGGCGCAGUCAAAGCAGAAGAAACGAAUGGGUGAAAUGAUUGAUGGCGCUGUUGACGGCGCGGUCGAUAUUUUAUGUCCGCUCGGAGCGCAAGGAUUACAGCCUUAUCCUAAUGAUUGUACCAAAUUUAUAAACUGCGCCAAUGGUAACAUUCAUGUACAAAAUUGUGGUCCCGGGACCGCAUUCAGCAAAAGUAUGCAAGUGUGCGUUCAUCCAGAUAAAGCUGACUGCAAGGGCGGAGCAGGUCACCUACCGCGUGCACCGCAUGACAUUUCGGAUCAUAAUGCCAAGGCACAUCAAAAUUCUCCUUACACGGUCGACAUUAUGUGCCCUAACGGCGUUAGCGGCAUGUACGCGUAUCCUUUUGAUUACACGAAAUUUAUUAACUGUAAAUCUGGAAAAACCGCUAUACAAAAUUGCAUGCCCGGUACUGCCUUUAGCAUAUUUAAAAGAUUUUGCCAGCGUUUGAACGAACUUGAGCCAAGCGAGUAUGUGCGCUAUAGAGUGUCCGAAAUUAGCUAUGAGUAUGCUCAAACGUUAAUCAGUUGCCCUCCAGGUACAGAAGGACUUCAUUUGUAUCCUUUCGAUACGAAAAAAUAUAUUCAAUGCUUGCAAACUCAGAUGAUAAUUGAAUUCUGCCCCAAUUCGCAAGUGUAUUGCGCUGUUAGAGGAAGUUGCGUACCUGCCAACGAAGCUCAAAAUUUGGAACGUUUCCGUGCAUUCAAUUAUCCUGGACAAAUAUCUUAUAAUCUACACAAUAUGGUUUACUGUCCCAUCGGUUCGAAUGGAGUUUAUCCUCAUCCCUUCGAUUUUUCUAAAUACUUGAAAUGUGUUAACGGUCACCUGAUGAGUGAAUCUUGUAGUUCAGGCGCUGCUUACAGUUUGUCACGCAACGUAUGCGAAUCUAAGGAUUUGCUCAAUAGCAAUGACCGCGUCCCGUCUACUCAAGCACAACAAAGUCUUGAUUAUAAUGUCGAUGUAACGGAGCGUAGGGUUGACGGUCUAAUUUAUUUGAUAUGCCCCCCCGGUUUGGAUGGUUAUUUCCUGCAUCCAUUUGAUUGUACAAAAUAUCUAAAAUGUUCAAGCGGUCAAACGUUAGUGGAAUCAUGCAGCGGCGGCUCCGUGUUUAGUAUCUCACGACGAGAGUGCGUACCGCGAGAUCAAGUUGAGGCUUAUGAUCGCGUCGAAUACAAAAUUACGACAAAACAUGAAUUCACCUCUGAGCACGAUCAUCAAAGGAAUUUAAAUCUUGGUGUUACAUGCAAUCCUGGUACAUUUGGUUUAUAUCGACAUCCUUCUGAUUGUAAAAAAUUCGUGCGUUGUGCAAAUGGUUAUCUCACCGUUGAAGAAUGCCCAAACAAUCAAGUAUUUAGUGUCUCAAGAGGAUUUUGUCAGCCGCAAGAGGAAGUUAUACCAGAUGGCAAAUGCUCUUUAACCACAACACUUUACAAUGGAUUACCGGAGCCGCCACCGUUAGCAGCGCCACCAAUAACCGCAACUACAACCAUUCAUAAUCAUAAUACUCUUCACGCGCCUACAAUGCAGGCAACAGCAUCUAAUCAGCGACCGUAUAUGUUAGAUGGUCAUCAGCCAAAAUCAUCAGUCUCACAAUCAACUUUUGUAACAACAAACAUUCACAGUUCGGACGGUUUUUCUCAACCACAAAUACCUAGUCGCAGACUAGAACCGCCAAUUAAUUUCAAUAUUAAUCAACCACAACCGUCACUGCCGCAGUCAACACCAAUAAGUACAAUUAACAACUCUAAUACUUAUUAUCGGCCACAAGUGCCUGCGACAGCAGCCAGCCACAACUUGCAGCCACCUUCGAUACCUACGGCGAAAAAUGUUCAUAGGACAGUCACAGCGGAUGGUUCAAACUUUUCAACCACCACGGAUGGCGAUGUUCAUUGUCCGCCUGGCAUCAGUGGACGUUUUGCUCAUCCCGAAGAUUGCACGAAAUUUUUAAUGUGUUCUAAUGGUAUAGUUUACGUGCAGAUUUGCGGUCCUGGGACCGCUUGGAAUCAAGUGCUAGAAGUUUGCGAUUAUAUGGCGAAAGUGAAUUGUUCAACUAAUCCUGGAACGUUUCCCAAACGAAGCGAUUUUAAUGAUGCUAUAUGUCCGCCUGAUCAAUAUUCUUCUAAUGAACAAAAAUCUUUAAAUUGCCAACAACAUGGGACUACCGCAAUGGAUUGUCCUCCUGGUUUAGUAUUUGAUCCAGUACGGGCCACUUGUGCACCUAAAGCUAGAAAAAUAGUUCCUGGAUUGCCCCAAGCGCCUACCAGUUCUACUUCACAUAAGUCUGAAGCUGGCGAUCGUUGGGUCAUUAUGAAUAGGUCCAGACCAUCGAAUUCGAAAAACGAUCAAACUGCUUCUUGGUCCCAGAUAAAUCCCAUUGUUGAACAGGCCCCUCUACACAGGACUACAUCGACGCAACAGCGUACACCUCUUCAUACUAUGAUAUAUGAAGAAGGAUCUUUGCAACCAAAACGUAAUUACAGUAAUCAAAUGUUUAAUACACCAUUAGCACCGUUCCCUGGAACUGUGACUACUCCAAAUACAGUCAUUUAUUACGCCCAGCCUGUGGAGUGGGAAGAGAACUCAGGAGAUAUAUUAAAAAGCCCAGAAAAUCCCAACUAUUCAUCACCGUCAUCCCCACAUGGACAAAAUUUAAAUCGCCACAAUUACAGUCGGGAGUUUAAUUUUACUGUCCCCAACAAUCCCUGGCGUCCUUUAAGGCCGCCCAAUGACAUUAGGACAUUUUCAUCUAAUGCAGAUGCUUCGGCUACACAUUUAAUGUCCGCUACUCCUUCGCAUGAUGUCAGAACUCAAUCAGUCAACCGAGUUUAUUCUAUUCCUUUGGUACCCUUUCCUAAUCAACCGAAAACUCCUAUACAACACAUAGUGCCACCUUCAUAUAACGACGAUGUAGGACAAUUGCCGUUAGGUGGAGAGAAUUUCUCAACAAUGAGUGCAUCUUCGCAAAAUUGUUCAAGCUUCGAUGAAAUUCCCAGCAAUUCUGAUAAAGUAAUUAUCGUGGAUCAAACGAAUCUUUAUGGCGGCUUAUUGCCUCCUUUGCCUUGUCCGUCUCGAAACUAUUUGGAUCUUAAUGAUCAUCAAAGACAAGUACCUUUACCUCUCGUAAACACAACUCCAACGGUUUAUACUCCUAUGCUUGUACACCCUCACCUGUCUAACGCCACCAUAAAGACCUUUUCACAACAACCGCAUUAUAGUCCUUCCUACUCGGGUGUGGCCCAUUCCCGUAACACAUCCUGGUCCAGUAGCUCCACUGGUAGAAAAAUGCCCCAAUAUUCUUUAGUAAAACCUCUCCAUUCCAAUCCACAUCCAAAUCAUCACAAUGAUAAAAAUCAAGAUGACAGAAAUAACGAAGAUAGUAGCGUUCUCGCCACCACAACUUCGGGUUCCGUUCAGGGUUACAACGACCAUUAUUAUCAGCCUGCGAACACUGAGCAAUCACGAAGUAGUAACAACGACGAGCGGUUUUCAUCUGCCGAGAUGGAUGCUCAAGACUUACAGAUUAACGAAGCCCUUAAGUUAUUAUUACGUCCUUAUGCAGGUCGUAACGAUGAUGUUAGGGAUGAAAUGGCUGAAAGGGCUCAAGAGCAUAUUAUGAAUUUGGUUAAGCAAACCAUUACUACUAGUACUACGACUUCCACCACUACUACCACAACAAUCAAACCUUUCGUAUUGACCAAAAGCAAAAAUACACACAAACAACCAGAUGCUGAACUUAUACUCGCAGGUGAGCAACAUAAUUUAGUAGGCCCGCCAGGCGCAGUAACUGAAUCAAUUUCAAAUGCGCCAAAUGAAAACGACAUGCAACCAAAUCGAUUAGAGAAUGAACGUACAUAUAUAUCUUCCUCAUCUGUGCCUCAUCAUCACUCUAAUUGGCAUAAACAUCAUUACAAGAGCCAUAAACAUAGAUUUCAGCAUCGCCAUCCCCAUCAUCGUGAUCAUCAACACCAUAACCGAGAAUUUCAUAGAAUUCAUCCCCACCUACCAAAUCCUUUUGCUAAUGAAGAGUUGGAAAAUUCCGAUCGCGAUAUACCCAUAAUUCCACAAAUAGAGGCUACUACACCAAAAGAAGAAGUUAUAGACUUAAGAAGCAAUAGUAUACCAUGCCCCUUCGAUUGUGGCAAUGGUAAAUGUGUGCAAAACCAUGAGAUUUGCAAUGGUGUUAAUAAUUGCGGUAAUCGACAGGAUGAGAAACAUUGCGAACAUUUAGGUUACGAGGUACGUUUAACAGGUGGUGAAAGUUCUCAUAUGGGAAGAGUUGAAGUGAAGAUUCUCGGUGAUUGGGGAUAUGUGUGUGACGAUAAAUUUGGUUUACGCGAUGCCGAUGUCCUGUGCAAGGAGCUCGGCUUCAAAUUGGGAGCCGUGGAGAUUCGUGGCAAUUCCUUUUACCCGCCAACAGAUGUGAAUCCUACUUUCAUUAUGGAUAAAGUGGAGUGUCAGGGUAAUGAAACAUCUCUGCGGGAAUGUGACUUCAGCGGUUGGGGUGUUAACAACUGCAGUCCCGAAGAAGUUGUGGGUGUGGUCUGUAAGAUACCUAAAUUAAAGUGCCCGGAUAAUUAUUGGUUAUGCACUACGUCCAAAGAAUGUAUUCCGACAGCAUUUGUGUGCGAUAUAACGGCGGAUUGCGCUGAUGGUUCCGAUGAAAGUGAACAAAUUUGUAAUGCUCCAAUUGAAUAUCGAUUAGAAGGAGGACGUACCAAGUUGGAGGGACGUCUAGAGGUAUAUUAUCGUGGCGAAUGGGGUUCGGUGUGUGACGACGAUUUCACCCUAAAUGAGGCUCAGGUAGUUUGCAAUUCUUUGGGUUACUACGGGAAACCUGAUAUUGUUAAAAACAUUUAUGGUCCUGGCAGUGGACCCAUUUGGCUUGAUCAAGUCUCAUGUUUAGGUAACGAGACCGCUUUAGAUAAAUGCAACCAUUGGACAUGGGGUGAAAACAACUGCAAUCAUACAGAGGAUGUAAGUCUUAGCUGUAACUAUGGUUCCAAACCGCCCGUAGUACGACAACCAAACACUCAGCUUAUAGCCAGUGGGCGUGAUUUCAAGGAACAUCAACACGAUCAGAAGCAUUCAACAGAACUCGAUGAUUCCGAUUUCGAUGAUUUAGGUUUAUAUCAAAAUCUCUGGCAACGUUCCAGUAAAGCAGUGAAGCAUCAGAAGCGUUGUGGCCAUUUUAAAAUGGAUUUAUUAGACGAAUAUGAACACCCUGAAGAACGAGUUAUAAACGGUACAAAAGCAAAACGGGGACAUCAUCCUUGGCAAGCUACAAUACGUACAAGAGGACGUGGUGGUAUUUCUAGCCAUUGGUGUGGAGCUGUUUUAAUUUCGAAGCGUUUACUUCUUACGGCGGCACAUUGUUUAGCCGGUUACCCAAAGGGUUCAUAUUUUGUGCGUAUGGGCGAUCAUUACGCUAAUAUAGCCGAAGCAUCCGAAGUUGAUUCCUAUAUUGAUAAUUGGUAUAUACAUGAGAAAUUUCGCGAUCAGAAGCAUAUGAACAAUGACAUAGCUUUAGUUCUAUUAAAGAAUCCAGUUAGGUUUAAUGAUUAUGUACAGCCGGUGUGUUUACCUGAGAAAACAUCGCAUUUAGAAACUAAUCGCGUGUGCACAAUAUCCGGCUGGGGCUCAAUUAAAUCUGGAGUGUCUACUCCUUCGAAUAUUUUAAGAGCGGCUCAAGUGCCUAUUUUACCCGACGAAGUUUGCCAUCAGAAGCAUGUCUACGGCAAUGCUAUGACUGAUGGUAUGUUUUGUGCAGGUUCUUUAGACGAAAGCGUUGAUGCCUGCGAUGGUGAUUCCGGUGGUCCUCUAGUAUGUUCAGAUGCGGCUGGUGAAACUUUAUACGGCAUUAUAUCGUGGGGCCAACAUUGCGGUUACGCCAAUCGUCCGGGGGUAUAUGUACGCGUUGAGAAAUAUAUCGAUUGGAUACAUGAAAAAAUCAAUUUGAUGAUACAGCAAGGAAAACUAUAAAUAUUUUUAAAAAUAUUUAACAAACGAUAUAAAACCGAUCUUAUAUAAUUAGGAAAAUAAACCAUAAAUCAAUAAAUAGUAAGAAAUGCUUUAUGCAUCUUAAGAUAAGAUGAAUCAUGAAUGCCCGCUCGCCUUUCAAAAACCGCCAAGAAUUGUACUCUUUCACAUCACUUACGCUUACGCACAGACAAUAGCAUUUAUCACACGUAUAAAGAAAGGUGAAGAGCUACAGGUAUUCUGUGGCCUACAGGGAUUGCAUAUAUUUGUGUUUGAGUUCUCUUGUUAUGAUUGGUUAUUAAGCAUAAUGAUUUUCAUAUUAUCAGUCUUUUUCAGUCUUUUCUAGGAAUUUU